AAGUUGUAAUGUUUAAAGUGUAGUAAAUGCUUUAAUGACAGUAACAUUGAUAAAGAAACAUUAAUUGCGUAACAUUUUUCGCAGUUUCACGUCUAAAAACAAGAGCGUUAUUGUUGCGCUUUAUUCGUUUUUUAUUGUUAUUGACUUUAAAUUUCGUGCACUUUACUGCACCGGAAAGUAAUUAAAGCGCAUGCGCGUAUAGAGCACUCGCGUCUACGUUUCAAUUUCAUCGCUAUGACAGAUUUUCUAACCUCACUUUAACAGUCGUAAACAUUGAUAUCUCGCUUCCCGGUGCUGAGCGACGCUUUAACUGAAAUUUUUCAUUUUAUGGAAAAAACGCGUCAAAUAAGUACAUAUUUGAAUGAUUUUUUGAGGUGACGUGUGCUAAACUAAAUAAUUACCAAAGACGAGGGACAAUGAAAAAGACUGCCUGCACGCACGAACCUGCGUAUCAAGGAUACUUUGUAGGUCACAAAAAUGUAAUUACAGCUUUAAGCUUUCAUCCAAAUGCCGAUCAACUCAUAUCGAGUAAUCUGGACAACACAGUAAUGUUGUGGCGGUUGAAAAAUUUGAUGCCAGCCUACAAGUUCAUGGCCCACAAAGAUGCCGUACUGGACGUGUGCUACUCACCAAACGGAGACGUUAUGGCCAGUUGUUCAAAAGACAGAUCCGUGAGAAUUUGGAUUCCCAAAGUUAAAGGGCAUUCGUUUGACUUUAGAGCUCACAGCUCUGCCGUGAGAUCGGUACAGUUUAGUCCCUAUGGGGAGAAGUUGGUUACCGCAUCGAAUGACAAAAGUAUUAAGCUAUGGAUGCCAUACGAAAGAAGAUUCCUCAAGACUUUUAGCGGGCAUACGUAUUGGGUGAGGUGCGCUAAAUUUUCUCCGGACGGUAAACUCUUGGUGUCGUGCAGCGACGACAAAACGAUAAAAGUGUGGGACAUUACCAGCGGACAAUGUGUCAAAAAUUUUAACCAGAUAAAAGCUUCCGCUAAAUAUGUGGAGUUUCAUCCAAGCGGCGCAACUAUUGGAUCAGCACACAGGGAUGGUUGUGUUAAAUUGUACGAUCUGAGAACAGACUCUUUGUGUCAGCACUACACUGCUCACAAAGGAGAAGUGAAUAUGAUCAAGUUCCAGCCAAAUGGAAACUUCAUAUUGACAGCUUCUAACGACUCUACAAUGAAGAUUUUAGAUCUCUUGGAAGGCCGUCAAAUUUAUAUUCUCAAGGGCCAUGAUGGGGCUGUAACAUCCAUAGCAUUUUCAAAAGAUGGCAAGCUUUUCGCUUCUGGCGGCACGGACCAACGAAUUCUAAUGUGGAAGUCUAAUAAUUCGUGUUCGAAUGUCCGAACCAGUAAGAUUUCACCAGUAAGAUUCCAGCGAAUGCCUGGCGUUUCUAUCAAACAGAGACUUGAUGCGGAUGAAAAAUUGAAUAGUGACGAACAUGAAGAAGACAUACACGAGAAGCAGGAUCAAGAGAAAUAUUUAUCAGAUACAUUAGAAAAAUCGUAUCAGGAAUCAGAUAGAAGUCCAGAACUGCCAAUGAGAAGGAUGAAACCUGACGUGAUCAACAUGAACAUUAAAUCUUCCGGGAAAGACUGUGUGACGAACGUGCUAGUCUCGCAAGAUCAGACAUCGUCCGAUGCAUUUUCGUCUAAUAAGAAAACAUCUGUGAAGACAGUAGAAAUACUCUGUGAUCAAGUACAAUCGUUACAUCAUACCGUUAAUGUGCUAGAACGACGUUUUACAAUAUUAGAAGAGAUGCUUAGCAGAUUAACUUCUUCAAGUGUUAACUCGUAAACGUUAAUCGCUUGGAAUAAUAUGUAUAUAUGUACAAUAUUGAUUGAAACUGGUUGAUUUUUCAAAUAGUAUUUUGAUUGAAUAGUUUUAUAAUGCAUAUUAAAUUACGAAAUUCAGGAAAAUUUGCUAACAGCUAUUAUUUCAAUGCUUUAUCUUACAAAUAUAAAGAGAGAAUGUAUCUCGUGUUACAUUAUAGUAAAUUGAAAAAACUAAUUUGUAAUAUGCAAGCUGCUUAUGAUAAUAGAAGAUAUUUUAUUAUAUGUGAUCUCAAAUAUACUAUUUUUGUAUACAUA